AUGGCCGAGAUAUUCGGAACGGCCGCGAGCGUCGUCCAAGUUGCCGAAGCUGGCCUCUCUCUAGCCACAACACUCUACACAUACGCUCAAUCGGUCAAGGGAGCCGAAGAAGAUAUCAAGCGAGUCGCGAGGGAUGUCAAACUUCUCGCAAAAGUGCUGCAACAACUUCACCAGCAGAUACAAGGAAAUGGGAGGGUCCAAACAUGUACGGAAGAAGCUGUUCACGAUUUAGAGGAAGUAUUGGUUGGCUGUAAAGAAGCAUUUGGAGAAGUCAACGAGGUGUUUAUCAAAUCUCACUCCGGAAGGAGUACCCUUUCCAUGACAGACAAGCUCAAAUGGCCCCUAAGGAGUAAUAAGUUGGCAGCGCUGCGAGCGAAUCUGGAGAAGUUGAAUACGACACUCCUGCUCAUUUUGAGUGUUUUGGCGUACGGGACGAGGAUGUCACAAGAGAGAGGGGCGACUGUUGAUUUUAAACCCGAUUUGACGCUCGAGAAGCUGCAGAUUCAAAAUCUGAUGCAAGCUAAACAAGAAGCCAUGCAACGUCAUGAAGAGCUCGAUAAGGCGAUCUCGAAGAUUCCAGAUGUGUCCAACGGGGAAGCGAGAGUGGCGUCGGCUUCAUCUGACGCGAUUCCAUCCGGUGUAAGAGUGAAAGGUUUGGCACAGGGGAAAGGAGAGAACAGGGAGCAGCCCUCGUCCUCGACCGACAAACUCACUCUACUUGCAUUGCCGCCAGAGGAUCAACUUCAUCCAAUUCAAACUCAGAUUGCCAAGAAUGUUGAGCCGCAAGAUGGCGUGUCCUGUCAACUUGGAAGAUGUACUUUCAAGGUCAGGGCGCUGACAGACAUCAUCAAUCUCGCGACCACUCAAUGGGAGUCGCACCGAGUUCUCGAUUACGAGCCGAUAUCUUUUUGUUUGGAUGGUUCUGUCAAAGCGAUUGAAGCAUUGAAACCCGUUGAGAAGGAUGCCUCCGAAAAAGACGCCUCUGAGAGUGAACGCAAUCGUGCGUUAUCGUCCUCCACAUGGAUGUCAAUGGCUGAGAUUGACCCGGAUGAUAUAAGUGAGGUUUUGAAUUCACAAGCCGUAUGGUCUACUUCACGGGCGCUCUCAACUACAGACUCCAGCAUCAUGGCCACAUCAACUUUGCAAUCGGAUCACGUCCCAGCAGUGCGUACAAAUCGCCGCGAUAACCUCGAGCUCCAACGUCGCAAUCAACCUGAAGCGUUUUCCAGAGCCUCGAAUGGAUUUCCCAAGACCCCAAUAAUACAAGCUGAGAAGGGCACAGGAUUGAGUCCGUCUGUCGGUACUGUGCACCCGUUGUCUGAACCGAGGAGGGUUGCAAACAUACGGCGUAGUUCGCUGUUGUCGACAUUUCGGAACCGGACAACGUCGAUGACUCCAACUUCUCUUCAACAGGAUUUGUCGCGUGAUGAGGUUGCACCAGAGUCAGCGGGUAAUAGACAUGCAUCUCUCGGAUCCAAGGAGCGUGAGGGUGACCCGCAGGACAUUUGGGUAGCGCCUCGCCAGCAGAUGGAGAGUGUUGGAAUUAUGCCCCGAGGUAAUGAGAGCAUUGAUGAUGAGGAUGUAGCAGUUGCUGGUUUGUUGCGAAGAUGGGUCAAGGUAGUUGCGUGA